AUGAGUCUUGAUGAUGUUUUGCAGUGGAAGGAGCAGGGCAAUGCCAAGCUGCAGGCCAAUGACAAAGAUGCUGCUGUGGAGUGCUACUCCCGUGGUAUAGAGAUUGGUGUCAGGGCCAUCUCAAGUUUUCAAGGGUUGGCAGAAGAUUUUGAGCCUUUGAAGAAGGCUGUAAGCCAACUCUGCUCAAACAGGGGCCACGUCCGUCUCUGCCAAAACUUGCCGAAACUUGCCCUGCAAGACUGCCGCCAGGCUGCAGAGGUAGACUUUGAGAAUGCCAAAGCAUACUGGCGCGGCGUCUCUGCCGCUCUACAGCUUGAUGAGCAAGAGGAACGACGCCAGGCAGCAGAAUUGCUGCGCCAAGGCUUGCGCUUGGCUUGGGAAGCUGGAGGCGCCGCUUUGUCAAAGCUACUGGGCGAGAAUCUGCACAUUUGGAGGGAGUGGGCAGAUGCUGGGGAUGUGCCUUCUACAUACCUUCUUGCCCUGGCUCUACUCAAGGGGAACAGCAUUGGGCAAGACAAAGCCAAAGCUUUGGAAUUGUUCCAGCAAGCUGCGACGAAAGGUGAUAGUGCAUCCAUAGCAAUGGUGGAGCACCUGAAGGCAGAGGUCUGUCUACCUCCAGAGUUGGAGGUUUGGGCUCGGGCUGCUGCAGCAGGAGAUGCUGCUGCACAAUUCAAUCUGGGUUUGGCGUACUAUCGUGGUGACAGGGUGCCGCAGGAUCUCGCGAAAUGUGCAGAACUGUGGACCCAGGCAGCUGAGCAAGGCGAUGACCAGGCCCGAGCAAAUCUGGAUCAGUUGCAACGCUUUAAAUCAGAGCAAGAGCAAGCGAGCAAAAAAGGAGCAAGGCUUGCUUUUGAUCCGUCUUUUGCGUGA